AUGAAUUCGGCGGAACAGACGGUAACGUGGCUGAUAACGUUGGGGGUCUUGGAGUCACCGAAAAAGACCAUUUCGGACCCUGAAGGAUUCCUGCAGUGUUCUCUCAAAGAUGGGGUUGUCCUGUGCAAGCUGGUGGAGCGAUUGCGCCCUGGGUCUGUUGAGAAAGUAAGGUCAUAUCUUAUUGCCUGGAUGUCCCACCUCUGCCUUAGACAACUAUUAUGUGGAACUUGAAGAAUUAAACAUUGUGUUAGUAUUUAUUUUUUGUUGUAGAUGUUCUCAAACCGAUCCUAGUUUAGAUCAUUAACAGAGGGGUUAUUGUACGAAAUACAGUGGAAUUUCCGGACAGAUGUCCGUGAGUCUCUCUCACACUUCAGCACUGGUUUACAUUGACAAUGAGAUACCUAUUCCAUUCAUUUAUUCCAAUAUAACCUAUUCUUAAGUGUGUAAUAACGCAAUUGUUUUCACAUAGGCUACACAUGGCAUUAAAGUCCCAUGUUUUUUUUCUAGAUUGAAAACAGACGCUUAAAAAAAAAAACAUGUUUGAUUGUCGGCGUAAGUAUGCACAUUUGGCCACUGCAUUUAUUUAUAUUCCCCCCAAAAAUGAUGUUGCUAUAAUAAACGGGUGUUUUUGGUUCGGAACAACUGCUAUUAAUUAGGGGUACACUACAGAUAGAUUCACAUGAGUGGGCCGCCAUUGACUGCAAAGGAAGACCACUCCCCCUUUAAAGGAACAGUGUGUUUUAACACAAUAUUGCCAUCAGAGUAGACUACUUAUAUAGGCUUACAUUGUAACACUGGGAAACGCAUUUAGCCUACUGAUGGAACUCAAUUAUUCAAUGAAACUCUCAUUUAAGGGUUAUGGAAACACCAUUGUAUUAGGGACAAUGGGCAUUACUUGUUUGUAUUUUUUUAUUGUAAAGCAAUUCAAAAUAUACAAUAUAUAAUGGAGUAUACAAAGAACAGUCAGGGGAAUACAGACAAUACAUUAUAUAAAGACAGUGAUGGCAAAAGUACCCAAUUUUCAUACUUGAGUAAAAGUAAAGUUACGUUAAUAGAAAAUGACUCAAGUAAAAGUGAAUGUUACCCAGUAAAAGUCUAAAAGUAUUUGGUUUUAAAUAUACUUAAGUAUCAAAAGUAAAUGUAAUUGCUAAAAUAUACAUAAGUAUCAAAAGUAAAAGCAUAAAUUAUUUUAAAUUCCUUAUAUUAAGCAAACAAGACAUCACGAUUUUCUUGUUUUUUAUUUUAUUUACAGAUAGUCAGGGGCACACUCCAACACAUAAUUUACAAACGAAGCAGAUCAGAUGCAGUAGGGAUGACCAGGGAUUUUCUCUUGAUAAGUGUGUGAAUAAGACAAGUUUCCUGUCCUGCUAAGCACUCAAAAAGUACUUUUGGGUGUCAGGGAAAUGUAUGGAGUAAAAUGUACAUUAUUUUCUUUAGGAAUAUAGUGGAGUAAAAGUAAAAGUUGUCCAAAAUAUAAAUAGUAAAGUAAAGUACAGAUACCCUAAAAACGACUUAAGUAGUACUUUAAAGUAUUUUUACUUAAGUAAUUUACACCACUUUAUAAAGACUAAUUAAUUACAAACAUUAAACGUUUUGAUUGCUUUUUUGUUAUGAGAAAAAUAAAUCGUCUUUAUUUAUUGACCUGACAUUUUAACUGAGGGGGAAAAAAACGUUAUUUCUGUCACACUCCCACAUAGCAAGAAUUUACUUUCCCUUGCACACUUGCAAUUUAUGCACAAUUGGAAAAAGUUAACAGCAUAACUACAACAACAACAACAGGGUCAGGGACUUCUAAAUAAUAGCCAAUUGACUAUGGGCCUAAUAAUGAGAGAAAUUGCUAGGUUAUUAAGGUUAUGAAGCAUGUGAUUGCCACUAUUGAUAUCUGUUUGCACAGGUAGGCACCAAAAGGUGUAGCCACAGGGCUCUGGUUUUCACCCUGGAAUAUACACAACACGUCAUUUCCUCUCCUACUAAUCCAAUUUCCCGAUGGGAGAUUGAGAGGCCUUUUAGAAACACCGAUUGGAGAUUUUAGUUUCACACUGAAAUCGUGGAACUGUACAAUCUCUUGCAAAACCGAGAACGAAACGGGUUACCUACCGACGGCCGUAUGCGUGCACGUACGGCUCAGGAUUUGCUUCAUAAAACGUUUUCCACCCCUUCACACAGAUCUUCCAAGAACCAAGGAAUGAUAGCGAGUUCCAGAGCAAUAUCAAGGAGUUUCUGAAAGGCUGCGGUUCCUUCCGAGUGGAGGUGAGUCAUGUAACCUGCCUGCUGCUCUGUAACUUUGUUGCAAAUAUCGACAAUACAAUGCGCUCUAAACAUGACUGAAAACACUGUAUCAACAUUUCAUUUGAUCAACACAUGAGCAUUCCCCAUGGAGUGUUAGCACAGCCUAGUUGUUUUACCAGCCUACAAGUAGAAAUACUACAGUUGCAUCCGUCGCCAUUUGGAUACUAGUCUAGGCUAUCAUUUACAGUCAUUUGGUAUUUCUAACAUAGUGUAACAAUAUUCCAAAAUAAUACUAGGCUACUCAGUGUGUAAGGUUAAGGUAGAAGGAUUUGGUCAUCAUGAUUUGGCCGUUUAAAGGAGAAGUUCACUCUUUUACAACUUGAUGGUGGGUGGUUCCUCACCCUGAAAAUAAUCUAUGGCCGGGAGAAACUGGUUCAGUUUUCUUUACAAGCCAUUACAAACUUCGGCUAACAUUAGCCACCGUUAGCUAAAAAAGCAAAGGAAGUGAUGGGGUAUGUGAGCAUGUAACAAAAAAAAAGUGUCCAACUCCAUAUUUGGUUUGAUGUUACUUUAAAGGUGAUUUAGCCCAAAACAUUAUUUCUUUUUAAAUACAUGCUCACAAGUUAGCUGAAGUUUGUAAUGGCUGUGUAAAGAACUGAACCAUGGAUUAUAGUUUCUCCUGGACCAUAGACUAUUUCCAUCUAACACGAAGUUGAAAAAUAGUGAACUUCUCCUUUAAUUCAACAACUAAUUAUUAUUCUGCAUAUUGAGCUGUAAAGAGGUCAAUAUGCAGAACAAGGGAAUUUAACUGUGGGCACAUCUACUGUCAUGAGGAGCCAAGGCUGAGGGCCAUAUUUAAAUCAGUCAAUACCAUGAACCCUAUUUCAACAUUACAAAACACUUUCAAAUGAAUAAUUAUUAUAUUUCAACUGUGUGAAACCUGAGUUGUUGGAAUUCCGUUUAAAGCACAAACUUCAUCUAUUGGAAUACUGUACAUCUAUCACACCAUUUUUCUCUUUGUCAUAGAAACAAGAUUUGCCUCAAACUUCUGAGAUAUUGUGUGAUAUGGCAGGUGCCAGGUAGACAUGUAAACAAAGGUGUGAUAUGAACAGCCUCCUGAUUUCAAAUCUGUCUGGGAACUUACAGUCCACUACUCCCGAAAAUAUUAAUUUGUACACCUUGUAGUAAACUACUUACCUUACCAAGGCCUAGUCUCACCUCAACCCUGUCACUGACUGCUUCAAGACCAGGCCUUAUGAAAAGACUGUGACAGCUCUGUUGCAGUGUUCACAUGGUACCACUGAGAAUGAAGCAGUGUAUUGGCAUGCAUCCAAGUGCUAUGCUAGUGUGGAUAUUGGCCUAUGACUCAUACCCACCAGGAGUGAGAGCUGCUGGACAGUUAUAUCUCAUGGCUGCUCACUGCAGUAUUGAGGCUGGGCUGGGAAAGGCAGCAGCAAUAGUAACUAGCAUGGCCUUUAGCGCCUAACUCAGGGCUCUGGUGUCUGUCCUGUCUGUGUCUGUCUGUGUCUCUGUCUGUCUGUGGUCAGUCAUGCCUAACUGAAUCAAUCAAUACAGUUUAUACAAGAGGUGGUACUGGGGGGGAGGGGGGAAGUUGAUGAGAAUGUCAACCAACCAAUGGAUUUUCCAACGAGGUCGAUUAGGUCGGAAGGCUAAAUUCCAAAAUGACCAGACAUGGGCAUACACUGUAGUGUGAAGGACCAAUAAGAUGUCAUGGCCAUGAUUGAUUAUUGUCCCAAAACAACCCCUACCCUAUAGACAUUAAUUCAUGAUAGAUCUCUCCACUCUAGAGGCCACAUUGAGCCCAUCCACCAUAUUGCUUAAUACAUCCAUUUAGUUCUCUGUCAGAUCAGGAAGAGGUCAUGUAGAAGUGUGUGUAUAGGAUUAGGGAGUAAGGGGUAGUUAGGAAGAGGUUGGGGGGUGUUAGUUAGAGAACAUGAUGUUGGGGGGUGUUAGUUAGAGAACAUGAUGUGGCAGAGAUUAGAGAGAUGGCUCAGACUGCUGGUAAUCCCCCAGACUGGCCCUGGGUGGUUAAAGGGUAGGAUUGAGGGUGUGUGUGUGUGUGUGUGUGGUGUGUGUCCAGACUCAGGGGGCAGGGCAGGGGGGUAGACGGUGGGACUGUGUGUGUGGAUGCUUAGCCAGAGUGCUGGACCAGACUGGGUGAAAACGGCAAAGCCCUCAGAGCAGAGGCAGCAUGUAGGGAUGAGGAAACCAAUGACACCCUACUGAAUACCAUUUCAGAUACUGAAAGACUAUACUCUUCAGGGUAAGUUAGACCGGGGCUAGUUGGUCUCUGGUUGUGCAACUAGAGUUGAUGACCCCCCCCCCGCUUCUCCUUUACACAAAUUCAGACAGCUGAUGUUCUGAAAGAGCUGAAAAAUCGGGAACCCUACAAAUCAGCUGGGCUAGACAAUCUGGACCCUUUCUUUCUAAAAUUAGCCGCCGGAAUUGUCGCAACCCCUAUUUCUAGCCUGUUCAACCUCUCUUUUGUAACGUUUGAGAUCCCCAGAGAUUGGAAAGCUGCCGCGGUCAUCCCCCUCUUCAAAGGGGGAGACACUCUAGAUCCAAACUGUUACAGACCUAUAUCCAUCCUGCCCUGCCUUUCGAAAGUUUUUGAAAGCCAAGUUAACAAACAGAUCACCGACCAUUUCGAAUCCCACCGUACCUUCUCCGCUAUGCAAUCUGGUUUCCGAGCUGGUCAUGGGUGCACGUCAGCCACGCUCAAGGUCCUAAACGAUAUUAUAACUGCGAUCGAUUAAAAGACAGUACUGCGCAGCCGUCUUCAUCGACCUGGCCAAGGCUUUCGACUCUGUCAACCACCGCAUUCUUAUUGGCAGACUAAAUAGCCUUGGUUUCUCAAAUGACUGCCUCACCUGGUUCACCAACUACUUCUCAGAUAUACUUCAAUGUGUCAAAUCGGAGGGCCUGUUGUCUGGACCUCUGGCAGUCUAUGGGGAUGGGAGAACAGGGUUCAAUUCUCGGGCCGACUCUAUUCUCUGUGUAUAUCAAUGAUGUCGCUCUUGCUGCUCGUGACGCUCGGAUCCACCUCUAUGCGGACGACACCAUUUUGUAUACAUCUGGCCCUUCAUUGGACACUGUGUUAACAAACCUCCAAACGAGCUUCAACGCCAUACAACACUCCUUCCGUAGCCUCCAACUGCUCUUAAACACUAGUAAAACUAAAUGCAUGCUCUUCAACCGAACGCUGCUUGCACCCGCCCACCCGACUAGAAUCACUACUCUCGGCGGGUCUGACCUAGAGUAUGUGGACAACUACAAAUAGACUGUAAACUCUCCUUCCAGACUCACAUUAAGCAUCUCCAAUCAAAAGUUAGAUCUAGAAUUGGCUUCCUAUUUCGCAACAAUGCCUCCUUCACUCAUGCUGCUAAACAUGCCCUCGUAAAACUGACUAUCCUACCGAUCCUUGACUUCGGCGAUGUCAUUUACAAAAUAGCCUCCAACACUCUACUCAGCAAAUUGGAUGUAGUCUAUCACAGUGCCAUCCAUUUUGUCACCAAAGCCCCAUAUACUACCCACCAUUGUGACCUGUACGCUCUUGUUGGCUGGCCCUCACUACAUAUUCCUUGCCAAACCCACUGGCUCCAGGUCAUCUAUAAAUCACUGCUAGGCAAAUCCCCGUCUUAUCUUAGCUCACUGGUCACCAUAGCAACACCCACCCGUAGUCUGCGCUCCAGCAGGUAUAUCUCACUGGUCAUCCCCAAAGCCAACACCUCCUUUGGCCGCCAUUCCUUCCAGUUCUCUGCUGCCAAUGACUGGAACGAACUGCACAAAUCUCUGAAGCUGGAGACUCUUAUCUCCCUCACUAACUUUAAGCAUCAGUUGUCAGAGCAGCUUACCGAUCACUGCACCUGCACACAGCCAUUCUGAAAUUAGCCCAUCCAACUACCUCAUCCCCAUAUUGUUAUUUAUUUUGCUCAUUUGCACCCCAGUAUCUCUAUUUGCACAUCAUCUUUUGCACAUCAUUCAUUCCACUGUUAAUACGAAAUUGUAACUAUUUUGCACUAUGGCCUAUUUAUUGCCUUACCUCCAUAAUUUACUACAUUCGCACACACUGUAUAUAUAUUUUCUGUUGUAUUUUUGACUUUAUGUUUUGUUUACCCCAUAUGUAACUCUGUGUUGUUGUUUUUAUCGCACUGCUUUGCUUUAUCUUGGCCAGGUCGCAGUUGUAAAUGAGAACUUGUUCUCAACUGGCUUACCUGGUUAAAUAAAGGUGAAAAAAAUAAAAAAUAUAAAAUGAAAUCCUGUGUUUGUACUCCAGUGUUAGGUAAUUAUCUGAUAAAUACAGUCACACCAUAUCCUACCAGGCCAGGGUACUCAUAGCGUUUCAUUUUGGUUGUGUUUGUCUAAUGGUAAUUUAAUGAACUCUGACAAUAACAUAUAGUUUAAAGAGACACCGCAGGCCAAAUGAGACGUAAAACUUGGAGGAACACAAUGAAUAGGGUCAGAUGUGUGCUGCCAGACUUAGGUGUUUGCACUCCUGUACUAAAGGUCAAAGUUCAAAUAAUAAACGCCCAACAUUGCAGGUAGCAAUUAUUUUGAGAAUAAUACAGCAUGAAGUGUCAUGAGUGUAUUAGUGGUUUGUCCCCACUUAGACAGAGGGAGCAUUUCAACAUGACAGUCACAUUCCUGACCUGUCUGGACUGAGAACAAAGAGGGUGUAGGGAGAGAGCAGGAUGUUCCUAGCCCUGGGGCUUCCUUCCUGUUGUUGUCUGUGGUACUAUGCACUGCGCUGUCGAAAUCCCAGCGUCUGUACAACGUCUCAGUGAUGCUUGGGUAGAUUAUGGCUGAGUUCUGCUGCCUGUGUCUAUCAGUAGCUGUUUUAACUCUGUGAUGUUCUCCAGGCCUCAGACCUAGGCCUCCUUACUGUGAGAAAUAUCUUUACAGGUCACUACAGUAUGGGAACACAGCUAUGUCUGGAAGUUAAUGUGUCAGGUUAUUAUCACUAGAACCAGAUGAAAUAUGCACAUGAGGUCUUUUGACAAGACCUUUACGCCGUUGCAAUGUUAUGAAACAGUGUUUGGUUUGAUUUCAAUCAGUUACACAGAUGUGUGUUUUUUUUCAACAAGUAUCUCUCCUCUCCCUCCUCUUCUCAGCCAUUUGAGGUCAAUGACCUUCUCCAGGGACUGAACUUCACCAAGGUGCUCAACUCUCUGGUGGCACUGGCCAAAGCCACCGAGGGUAAGUGGACUAAAACAGAAGCGGGUCUGUGGUGAUUCAUGGAAGGUUUCCUGUUUUCUAUGCAAAUUCAUACCUGUGAAGUCCCACAUGUAACCUCUAGUCUAGAUAUCAGAGAGGGUGUUGUGUGUCAUUAGGCCUGUGUUUCUGUGUAGAAUGAUGGCUGCAUGUUGCAGCAUGUUGAGUUGUGUUCUUGACUCACAUUAAUGUGUGUAACCGAAAGUAGCAGGCGUAAAAUAAACAGCCUGGAACUAGAUCCCCCAUAUUCUGGUCUUGAUGAGAAUUUAAAAAAGCUGUUGGCGGUGGUUCUCGUCUGCGCUGUUCAACCAAUCCAGUAAAUGUGGAGGAGGAGUUAAGAUGGAGUGUCGCCAUGUUAACGUCUGAAAGCGGAAUUCACGUCACAGGCUCUCUUCUAUUUCCCAUGAAAACCGGAACAUACGGUUGUUGACGACCCCGCUGAGGCUAAUGUGUGUGUGUGUUUAUGUCUGUACUCAUACCUCUCUCUCCUCCACAGACAAAGUGGCGACUCUGUGGUCCUAUUAACCUUCUCCUCCACGAGGGCAGUGACUCUGUGUGUGUCUCUGUCUAUGUACUCAUACCUCUCUCUCCUCCACAGACAUAGGAGUGGGCAGUGACUCUGUGUGUGUCUCUGUCUAUGUACUCAUACCUCUCUCUCUCCUCCACAGACAUAGGAGUGGGUCAGUGACUCUGUGUGUGUCUCCGUCUAUGUACUCAUACCUCUCUCUCUCCUCCACAGACAUAGGAGUGGGCAGUGACUCUGUGUGUCUCUGUCUAUGUACUCAUACCUCUCUCUCUCCUCCACAGACAUAGGAGUGGGCAGUGACUCUGUGUGUGUCUCUGUCUAUGUACUCAUACCUCUCUCUCCUCCACAGACAUAGGAGUGGGCAGUGACUCUGUGUGUGUCUCUGUCUAUGUACUCAUACCUCUCUCUCUCCUCCACAGACAUAGGAGUGGGCAGUGACUCUGUGUGUGCGCGUCACUCGUCCUCGUUACGGAUCAAGUCGUUUGACUCUCUGAACACUCAGUCUCCCCGCGGACGCUCCUCCAAACUCCUCCACAACCAGUACCGCAGCCUGGUGAGUCACACAACUACAUAGAACCCAACAGAACCAGAGAACCCAACAGAACCAGAAGGAACCAUUUUGCCCUUGAGGUGGUUCUCACCUGCAGCUUGGGGUUGUUUUUGGUCCAUCCUCACUUCCUCCCAUUUCUCUCUUCUCUCAUGCUCCUUUGCUCUUUCCCUCCCUCCGUCUCCCUCUUUCCUCUCCACUAGGACAUGUCCGAGAGCGGUGGGCAGCGGGUACUGGUGAAGGCCAAGUUCACCUUCCAGCAGACCAAUGAGGAUGAGCUGUCCUUCAACAAGGGUGACAUCAUCAGUGUGUCGCGCCAGGAAGAUGGCGGCUGGUGGGAGGGCUCGUUCAACGGCAACAAGGGCUGGUUCCCUAGCAACUACGUCAAGGAGGUCAAAGGCAGCGGUGGGGGUCAGUGAUUGGGCGGCUUUGAUUUAAUAUUAAGUAGGGAUCAUAGUUUGUAUUGGCGAGUAUAAACAUUAGGCAUAUGCAUCUCUAUAACAACUUUAUAAUCAUCUAUAACAGCUCUAUUACAACUGUAUAUUACCCAGAAUAAUAUAUCCUGUGUUGAAGAUGAUAUCUGAUAGUGGCGCCCCCUAUAGCUGACUGUACCACUGAAUCAUGCAGCUAAACCAGUCUGAGAUUUACACCACGUAUUUAAUGUGGGUCUCAAGGGAAUAUCUGCUGUUUUUAAUGGCUAUACAUCAAAAACACAUUUCAGGCAGUCAGCAUUUCCCCCGGCUGCUAGAGCUGUAAUGUGUAAUCCAUUCUUUUUUUAUUUUACCAGGUAAGUUGACUGAGAACACAUUCGCAUUUACAGCAAAGACCUGGGGAAUAGUUACAGAGGAGAGUUGAAUGAGCCAAUUGGAAGCUGGGGAUGAUUAGGUGGCCAUGAUGGUAUGAGGGCCAGAUUGAGAAUUUAGCCAGGAAACCGGGGUUAACACCCCUACUCUUACGAUAAGUGCCAUGGGAUCUUUAGUGGACCACAGAGAGUCAGGACACCCUUUUAACGUCUCAUCCGAAAGACGGCACCCUACACAGGGCGUUGUACCCAAUCACUGCCCUGGGGCAUUGGGCUAUCUCUUUUUAGACCUGAGGAAAGAGUGCUUCCUACUGGCUGUCCAGCACCACUUCCAGCAGCAUCUGGUCUCCCAUUCAGUGACUGACCAGGACCAACCCUUCUUAGUGUCUGAGGCAAGCCAGCAGUGGGAUACAGGGUGGUAUGCUGCUGGCCAAUGAGGAUGAUCAUGAAGAGAAUGAUUUAAAGCUGCAAUAUUUAACUUUUUGGGCGACCAGACCAAAUUCACAUAGAAAUGUGUUCUCACUGAAAGCAAGUCUAACAAGUGGGAGAUCUGUUCUAUGUGUGCUAUUUCUAUGCUACUUGUUCUUAAGUUUAGUUUUUGCGUCUUCUACUUUAGUUUUUGUACACCAGCUUCAAAGAGCUGAAAAUACAAUAUUUUGUAGUUUAGAUGGUACAAUGAUUCUCUACACUGUACUGGCUUGUUUUGUCACAAACUGAAAUUAGGAGAAAUAUUAGAAUUUUAGCAACCAGGAAAUAGCGGCGCAAUUUUGCAUAGUGCACCUUUUUAAAAGAGGAAUUACAGAGUGAAGGAACAUGUUGCCAAUAGUAAACUCACCAGGAUAUGGCUCUACACCUGCUUAUUCAAUGGACCGCAAUGUGCAAAGCAUUACAGAUAGAAAUAGAAUGUAUAGAAGGUGAUGCAGAUUAGAGCUCUGUUUGUUCUCUACACUACUUUUCUAUCUGCAACACUUUAAGUGUUCUAUCAGAUCAUAUACAGAAAUGUCCAGUAGAUGUAUAAACUGUCUAUUUGUGCACGGUGAUUGUGCACUUUUAAUGUAGCUAUUGUGCACUGUAACUGAAAGGAAGGAAACUGCAUGGUCAAACAAAGACAGGACGCUCCUUAGCUUAGCCUGUGGAUGGGACUUCCCCAAACACACCAAACAGCUCACAGUGCUACCCUCUGUUGGUUUACUACCUACUUACACAUUAUGAACUAUGUAUCACACUGCCAUAGCUUGGAAUCAAAGUGCCAUUUCUCUAUAAGCUCACAGUGGUAACCCACCCCCUUUCUGUAUCCAAUCAGUCACAAAUGAACAUGCCCUCUGUCUCUGGCUGCAGAGAGAGAGAGAGAGGGAGAGCUACAGCUUUUUUCUUUGCUGUGUGUCAUGUUCACUCUCCAUUCAGUAUUCUAUCUCUGCCCCAAGGGUUAACUACUAAAACACAGCAACAUGAAUGUGUCCCCAUUUCUCUGUAGUGCAUAGAAAGCCUCUGGUCUGGUCGUUAGCUAAAUGAAGCCAGCAUCUUUCCCUGGACCCUGCCGGAUAACAUUGCUAUAAACUCUGUUACAAAAUGAAUGACUUCAUGUUUCAGGGCUCGUCUGGCCUACUUCUACUGUCCCCUGCUUCUCCUCCUCUUUCUCUUCUAAUCUCUCUCUCCUUUCUUCUCCUCUCUCUACCACACAGACAAACCAGUGUCUCCUAAGUCUGGCACCCUCCAAAACCCUGGGAAAGGCUUCGACACACCAGCCGUCAGCAAGACCUACUAUAACCUGGUGAGAAGCUACACGACCUAUUGUCACUGAGAUCUGAAAUGCCAGGAGGGUGUUUAGACCUUAGGCUUUUGCCAGCCGUGUGUGUGUGUUGUAAUGUAGGUUGUUUCUUCCGUCUGACUGGCUGCUGUGCCAGCUGUGCCUCAGGGCCCUGUGACUGGCUGCUCUGUUUCUGUCUAGUGGUAGCACUCUGUCACUAUGCUGUGUGUGUAUCUGGGUCAGUGAUAGUUCACAGGGACUGUGUGUCCUGCUGCCGUGACGGUGAUAGGAGCACAUUGCAAAGCAUCCUGGGAGGCGCACUGUUUGUUUUGGUGCUGAGAGAAGAGAAGCCCAGGGAGGGAGAUAUCAACUAUUCAGGACAAGACACAGAAACUGUCAGGAGAGUAGAUUAGAGUAGAUCAGAGUAGAGGAGAGGAGAUCAGAGGAGAGGAGAGUAGAUCAGAGGAGAGGAGAGUAGAUCAGAGGAGAGGAGAGUAGAUCAGAGGAGAGGAGAGUAGAUCAGAGGAGAGGAGAGUAGAUCAGAGGAGAGGAGAGUAGAUCAGAGGAGAGGAGAGUAGAUCAGAGGAGAGGAGAGGCGAUCAGAGGAGAGGAGAGGCGAUCAGAGGAGAGGAGAGGCGAUCAGAGGAGAGGCGAUCAGAGGAGAGGCGAUCAGAGGAGAGGCGAUCAGAGGAGAGGCGAUCAGAGGAGAGGAGAUCAGAGGAGAGGGGAUCAGAGUAGAUCUGAGGAGAGGAGAGGAGAGUAGAUCAGAGGAGAGGAGAUCAGAGGAGAGGAGAUCAGAGGAGAGGAGAUCAGAGGAGAGGAGAUCUGAGGAGAGGAGAGUAUCUGUAUUGUCCCAAUGGACAAGAAUACAUUAAGAUCCACAUGGAGCAAUCUCAUACAAAUCAAUACAUUAUGAUAUGGGGAAAGAAGUCAAUAGUUCAGUACUAGUCUUUAUGAAGUGCUUCAAAGUAACCUCAUCACAGUGUUAGGUUAUCCUGUGUUACAAGAUCCAAAUGAGUCGAGAGUUGAAAUAUGAGCCCUGACAACAUCAGGAGAUAAUAACUACCUGUCUGUCUGCCAUUUAGUGGAUGCUAGAAGAGUUAAAGCCAACUUAAACCCUCCACCCUCUCCAUCUCUGCAUCCUGCCUAAAGCCUACUCUGAACCUAGCCAGUAAUGACAUGGACUAAAUAGGUCAGUAUUUGAUGAGAAAAGGAUAGCACAGUUUAUUUCUGUCCUCUGGUUUCUCCCUCUAAUUGUCUCCUCAUAUGAAACUUAAAAAGACAACAGAAAAUAAAGUACUUCAAAAAAUGACGUAAAGAAGACCGGAUUCAGGAAGCAGAAUGGAAGGACUCCCUGGCCCCAUUCUGUCAGCGAGGGGGAGGUUAGGAGGAGAGAGGGUGGGUUUCCUCAGUGGGUGUGUGUGAGUUCAGUAUCUGUCUGGCUGUCUGUCCGCCUGCCUGUCUGUGUCCAUCCGUCAACAUCCUCUCCUAACCCCCCUGUUCCGUCUCUCUCCAUCCAGGUGCUCCAGAACAUUCUAGAGACCGAGACCGAGUAUUCCAAGGAGCUCCAAAGCCUUCUGGCCUCUUACCUGCACUCACUGCAACCUACAGACAAGUGAGUGUGUUUGUGUUCACAUGACUGUGAGUGUGUCUGGUGUGUGUAUUUGUCAGGGGGGUUGUGUGUGUGUGUGUGUGGGGGACACACGUGUGAGUGUCUGAUUUGAACAUACUAUGAACCUUACUGGACCCCCCCCCUCUUUUAGUCAACCAUAUCGCUCCACCUUUCCCCACCCCGUCUCCCUCUGUGUCCAGGUUGAGCAGUGCAGACAUCAGUCACAUCCUGGGGAAUCUGGAGGACAUCUCUACCUUCCAGCUGAUGUUGGUUCAGUCAUACGAGGAAUGUACCAAGUGAGUCCCCGAACCCACACACACACACACACACACACACACACACCAUAUGAUCCGUCCAGCAUUGACCAAAUGUAUCUCAUCAGUACAUGGAUGUACCAAAUGAGUGCCCAUAAUCUUCAUGCAAGUUGAAAAUAUGAAUCAACUCUGAAAUAGACUCUGUCCUGUCUGACAAUAGGAUCUAAAGGCACACCUUAAAACACACUGUGUGGGAGGGUGCACUGUUCCUCACAUAGUACAUCAACAUGCCGUUUAUACAGGUCACACUGACACAUACUGGCCGUUUUCGGUAGUGCUGUGGUGGUGAGCACAAUCUAACAAAGUGAAUGCAAUCCUCCCUGUGUGUGUGUGUGUGUGCAGGCUUCCAGAGAGCCAGCAGAGAGUAGGGGGCUUCUUCCUCAACCUGCUGCCCCAGAUGAAGGGUCUCUAUGUGGCCUACUGCUCCAACCACCCCUCGGCUGUCAACGUCCUCACAGAACACAGGUAACAGUGUGUGUACGUCAGCUGGGGGAGGUUAGUAUGUUACUGUGUGGAGCUGGGGGAGUUUAGUAUGUUACUGUGUGUUUCAGUGAGGAGCUGGGGGAGGUUAGUAUGUUACUGUGUGUUUCAGUGAGGAGCUGGGGGAGUUUAGUAUGUUACUGUGUGUUUCAGUGAGGAGCUGGGGGAGGUUAGUAUGUUACUGUGUGUUUCAGUGAGGAGCUGGGGGAGGUUAGUAUGUUACUGUGUGUUUCAGUGAGGAACUGGGGGAGGUUAGUAUGUUACUGUGUGUUUCAGUGAGGAGCUGGGGGAGUUUAGUAUGUUACUGUGUGUUUCAGUGAGGAGCUGGGGGAGGUUAGUAUGUUACUGUGUGUUUCAGUGAGGAGCUGGGGGAGGUUAGUAUGUUACUGUGUGUUUCAGUGAGGAGCUGGGGGAGGUUAGUAUGUUACUGUGUGUUUCAGUGAGGAGCUGGGGGAGGUUAGUAUGUUACUGUGUGUUUCAGUGAGGAGCUGGGGGAGGUUAGUAUGUUACUGUGUGUUUCAGUGAGGAGCUGGGGGAGGUUAGUAUGUUACUGUGUGUUUCAGUGAGGAGCUGGGGGAGUUGAGUAUGUUACUGUGUGUUUCAGUGAGGAGCUGGGGGAGGUUAGUAUGUUACUGUGUGUUUCAGUGAGGAGCUGGGGGAGUUUAUGGAGGGGAAGGGAGCCAGUAGUCCAGGUAUCCUGACCCUCACCACCAGCCUCAGUAAACCCUUCAUGAGGCUGGACAAAUACCCCACACUACUGAAGGAACUGGAGAGACACAUGGAGGUGAGAGGGAGACGGUCUGUGUUUAUAUAUAUAUAUAUAUAUAUAUAUAUAUAUAUAUAUAUAUAUAUAUAUAUAUAUAUAUAUAUAUAUAUAUAUAUAUAUAUAUAUAUAUAUAUAGUACCAGUCAAACGUUUGGACACACCUACUCAUUCCAGGGUUUUUCUUAAUUUUUAUUAUUUUCUACUACAUUGCAGAAUAAUAGUUAAGACAUCAAAACUAUGAAAUAACACAUAUGGAAUCAUGUGGUAAACACAAAAGUGUUAAAUCAAAAUAUAUUUAAUAUUUUAGUUUCUUCAAAGUAGCCUCCCUUUGCCUUGAUGACGGCUUUGCACACUCUUGGCAUUCUCUCAAGCAGCUUCAUGAGGAAGUCACCUGGAAUCCAUUUCAAUUAACAGGUGUGCCUUGUUAAAAGUUGUGGAAUUUCUUUCCUUAAUGCGUUUGAGCCAAUCAGUUGUGUUGUGACAAGGUAGGCUUGGUAUACAGAAGAUAGCCCUAUUUGGUAAAAGACCAAGUCCAUAUUAUGGCAAGAACAGCUCAAAUAAGCAAAGAGAAACAACAGUCCAUCAUUACUUUAAGACAUGAAGGUAAGUAAAUCUGGAAAAUGUCAAGGACUUUGAAAGCUUCUUCGAGUGCAGUUGCAAAAACCAUCAAGCGCUAUGAUGAAACUGGCUCUCAUGAGGACCGCUACAGGAAAGGAAGACCCAGAGUUACCUCUGCUGCAGAGGAUAAGUUCAUUAGAGUUACCAGCCUCAGAAAUCGACAAUUAACUGCACCUCAGAUUGCAGCCCAAAUAAAUGCUUCACAAAGUUCAAAUAACAGACACAUCUCAACAUCAACUGUUCAGAGGAGACUUCGUGAAUCAGGCCUUCAUGGUCGAAUUGCUGCAAAGAAACCACUACUAAAGGACACCAAUAAGAAGAAGAGACUUGCUUCGGCCAAGAAACACGAGUAAUGGACAUUAGACCUGUGGAAAUCUGUCCUUUGAUCUGAUGAGUCCAAAUUUGAGGUUUUUGGUUCCAACCGCCGUGUCUUUGUGAGACGCAGAGUAGGUGAAAUGAUGAUCUCCGCAUGUGUGGUUCCCACCGUGAAGCAUGUAGGAGGAGGUGUGAUGGUGUGGGGGUGCUUUGCUGGUGACACUGUCUGUGAUUUAUUUAGAAUUCAAGGCACACUUAACCAGCAUGGCUACCACAGCAUUAUGCAGCAAUACGCCAUCCCAUCUGGUUUGAGCUUAGUGGGACUAUCAUUUGUUUUUCAACAGGACAAUGACCCAAAACACACCUCCAGGCUGUGUAAGGGCUAUUUGACCAAGAAGGAGAGUGAUGGAGUUCUGCAUCAGAUGACCUGGCCUCCACAAUCACCUGACCUCAACCCAAUUGAGAUUUGGGAUGAGUUGGACCGCAAAGUGAAGGAAAAGCAGCCAACAAGUGCCCAACAUAUGUGGGAACUCCUUCAAGACUGUUGGAAAAGCAUUCCAGGUGACUACCUCAUGAAGCUGGUUGAGAGAAUGCCAAGAGUGUGUAAAGCUGUCAUCAAGGCAAAGGGUGGCUACUUUGAAGAAUCUAAAAUAUUAAAUAUAUUUUGAUUUGUUUAACACUUUUUUGUUUACCACAUGAUUCCAUAUGUGUUAUUUCAUAGUUUUGAUGUCUUCACUAUUAUUCUGCAAUGUAAAAAAUUGUAAAAAUGUAAAACCCUUGAAUGAGUAGGUGUGUCCAAACUUUUGACUGGUCAUGUAUAUAAAAACAAAUUGUGGGUAGAUUAGCUUUAAUAUUGCAGAUUGUGGCUUCUAUCAAUGUAAUUGUCUGCAUCAUUUCCAAUCCCCCAUAUAUUUUUUGGGUAUAUAUAUAUAUAUAUAUAUAUAUAUAGAUAUCUUCCAUUAUUUUCCCCUAACCCUACCACCCCUCCUCUAAUUGGAGUAAACUAAUGGACAUCAACACUUAUGCUUCUACUUCCAGCUUAUACAUACUAUAUACAUUUUACAGACACAGUAUAUUUUACAAUAGCUAUCUUUUGUUUGUUAUUAGUCCCAUCGCUCUGUGUUUCUGUCUGUGUAGUAUGAAUAAAGGUCAUUUGCCUGUGAAUGGUUGUUUUUUGUUGUGUAGGUGUAUUGACUGUGUUAAACCUGUGAUCUUCUGAUGAAUCAAACAUCCCUCUUUUCUGUACCAGGAGCAUCAUCCUGAUCGACCAGACAUCCAAAAGUGUAUGACCACCUUCAAAAGCCUCUCUGUAAGUCGGACAUGAGUAGGCCGUAUACCGUCCCUGUCUCGGUUUAAUGACUUGUGUAGUGUUAAAUUGACAUGUCUCUGUCUCUUGGUGAUGAUGUAUAUGGAAUCCAGUGUUGUUAAGGGUUAAAUUGACAUGUUAAAUAGUCUUGUUGAUGUAUGUAUGUAUGCAGGCAGUGCAGUGUUGCUAAUCCUGGGCUGAGGGAAAAGCUUUAGCCUGGCUCUGAGCUCCACGGCUUGGCUCUGCUGUUCUGUGGCUUGGUGCCCUGGCUAGGGCUUCUAUGCAGCCUGGAUCUUCCUGGCUUGUGUGUGUGUACAUUUGUCUGUUUUUCUCUCUCUGUCUCGCUCUCUCUCACAUGGGCUGGGAUUCAAUACUUUCAAACAACUUCCUUUUAUUUAUUUGUGUGUGUCUCCAUGGCUCCAGGCUCAGUGUCAGGAGGUGAGGAAACGGAAGGAGCUGGAGCUUCAGAUUCUAUCUGAGACUAUCAGACGCUGGGAGGGAGAUGACAUCAGAACCCUGGGCCCUGUUCUCUACAUGUCACACACACUCUGCCACACACACGGAUCAGAGGUAAGACACACACACAGAUCAGAGGUAAGACACAAACACUCUGCCACACACACGGAUCAGAGGUAAGACACACACACACACACACACGGAUCAGAGGUAAGACACAAACACUCUGCCACACACACGGAUCAGAGGUAAGACACACACACACACACACACGGAUCAGAGGUAAGACACAAACACUCUGCCACACACACAGAUCAGAGGUAAGACACACACACACACGGAUCAGAGGUAAGACACAAACACUCUGCCACACACACAGAUCAGAGGUAAGACACAAACACGGAUCAGAGCUAAGACACACACACACAUCUAAAAUCUACACCCAUGAACGUCUUAACAGUGUGUGUGUGUGUUUGUGUGUGUGUUCUUUAGGAGAAGAAUGAACGCUACCUCCUGCUGUUUCCAAAUGUUCUCCUAAUGCUGUCUGCCAGCUCCAGAAUGAGUGGAUUCAUCUACCAGGUCAGUAUCUCUCUAUCUAUCCCGUUAUCUCUCUCUCUCCAUCUAUCCCUUUAUCUCUCUCUUUCUCUCUCUCUCCAUCUAUCACUUUCUCUCUCUCUCCAUCUAUCCCUUUAUCUCUCUAUCUCUCUGUCCUUUGUUAGUAUGUAGGGCCCUGUAAAAUCAGCUUUGUGGAGAACAUGACGGAAUCCUGGAAUCCAGACAUUCAAACGGAAUUAAACAAUAUUCAAAAAUGUAUUAAACUUAGUAGGAAAUCAACUAAAUGUAUUGAACUUAUUAGAAAAGUCAUUAAUUUGCCCAAGAUUAUCAUAAGACAUGAACAAAAUGCAUCAGUGAUUUGUAUUUUCCUUCAACUCUCUGAAGAGACAACUGCACAGGAAUGCCCGUCUGUGUGUGCAUGUUUGUCUACCACUUAUUGUAGCCGUUAGCGAUUAUGCUAAUGUGUUGCCAACUGUCUUCUGGUGGAUGGUAAGGCUUUCCCUAAAACCUUUUCAAUUAAAUGUUAAAGCUGCAAUAUGUAACUUGUUGGGCGACCCGACUAAAUUCACAUAGAAAUGUGACUAACAGAUCUGUAAUUCUCAUUGAAAACAAUUCUAAGAAGCAGUAGAUCUGUUCUAUGUGCGCUAUUUCUAUUCUUCCCGUUCUUAAGUUUCGUUUUUGCAUCUUUUACUUUCGGUUUUGUACACCAGCUUCAAACAGCUGAAAAUACAAUAUUUUUGGUUAUUGAAAAUAUAUUUCACAGCUGUUUUUAAAUGAUAUAAGGAAGGCCCAAAAAAUGGUCAAAGACUCCAGUCAACAAAGUCAUAGACUGUUCUCUCUAAUACCGCACGGCAAGCGGUACCGGAGUGCUAAGUCUAGGUCCAAAAGGCUCCUUAACAGCUUCUACCCCAAGCCAUAAGACUGCUGAACAAUUAUUAAAAUGGCCACCCGGACUAUUUGCAUUGACCCCCCCCCCCCCCCACCCCCAAAUAAAUGCUUCACAGAGUUCAAAUAACAGACACAUCUCAACAUCAACUGUUCAGAGGAGACUUCGUGAAUCAGGCCUUCAUGGUCGAAUUGCUGCAAAGAAACCACUACUAAAGGACACCAAUAAGAAGAAGAGACUUGCUUGGGCCAAGAAACACGAGUAAUGGACAUUAGACCAGUGGAAAUCUUUGAUCUGAUGAGUCCAAAUUUGAGGUUUUUGGUUCCAACCGCCAUGUCUUUGUGAGACGCAGAGUAAGUGAAAUGAUGAUCUCCGCAAUUGUGGUUCCCACCGUGAAGCAUGGAGGAGGAGGUGUGGGGGUGCUUUGCAAACUUUGAGUGGUACAGAAACAUCCUAACCAAACAACGGUCUCUGGCUAGUGAGCAGUUAAAUUAAUGGGUAAUUACACCCAAAAAUCUAAAUUUCUUAGAUUUUUCCCAGACCUCAAAAGUGGUCUCCUGAUGUGGUUUAAGCAUUGUUAUGGACUUAGAACAUCAAAUGUUGUUAUUUUUUCUAUUUAAAAAAAGUGUGAUUUUGAGAGUGAAAAAACGGGGAAGAAAUGGAAUGAGGUCCAAAAAUCGAACUGAUUUUAUAGUGCCCUAAAUAUGUAAACACUAAAGGUUUCUGUAAUUCUUAUUUGUCGUUGAUUUGUUUUAAAGGGUAAGCUGCCAUUGACAGGAAUGCUAAUCUCAAGGAUAGAAGAUUGUGAGAUGGUCAAAAACGCUUUUGAAAUAUCAGGUACGUUUACAGUUUACGUUUAUUGGUUGAGUUUAAACAGCUCAAAUUAAGGGUAAUGUCUGUGUAAUUACAUGUGUGUUUGUGUGUGGAUGUGUUUAACUAUACUUGUGGGGACCCGAAGUCCCCACAAGAAUAGUAAACAAACAAAAUGUGACCAACAUUUUUAGUCCCCACAAGGAAAAAGGCUAUUUCUAGGGGGUUAGGGGUUAAAGGUUAGGAGUUGGGGUUAAGGUUAGGGGUUAGGCAAAAUAGGAUUUUGAAUGGGAAUCAAUUGUGUCCCUACAAGGUUAGUUAAACAAGACUAUUUGUGUGUGUGUUACAGGCAGUACGUGUGAGCGGAUGCAGGUGGUGUGUAACAACCAGCAGGAUCUGCAGGAGUGGGUGGAGCAUCUGUCGAGACACACCCAGAUCAGAAACACCCCCUCCAUGAUCAUGACCACAGCCACCGCCAAGCCCCAGUCUGUCCCGUGCCACACGGUAACACCCCCAACCUCGCCAGUCUGACUGUCAGCUAAAUGGAUAGUUAUCAAAGUUUGUCUGACAUUUUUAUUGUGUAGAUCCAGGUACUGUACAUGCAUUAGGAUAUCUGUAGGUUUAAAUCCCAAAUGAAUGGGAAAGAUAAUGCUGCGUUCAUAACAUCUCGUAAAUUCGUAAAUGCGACCAUACCACUGGGAAAGAUCCAUUUGAACGCUCCUCCAACUGGUAAUUACCAGUGGGGAAACUCAUCUAUCAUCACUGACUUCUCCCACAUGCUGAACUCUGAUGUCACAUACUAAGGAACAGCAUUUUCGGCAGUUAAAUGCAACAAUAAAACAUUAUUUAUAAAAAGCAAUCUAUUAAUAUAGUUUUUGAACACUAUAAUGUUUUGACAAGCUAGCUAGCUGUACUUUUAGUUUGUUUGAAGCAGCUUGUUUGCACCAUCUAAUUCCAAGAGAUGCUACUUUAUAUAAUUUAUGAUAUACUCUCUCUUUGUUGUACCUGUAUCUCUUCUCUUUCCUCCUCUCUUCUCCCUCUCCCCCAGCUCCCGUCCCAUCCCCUGACCCCCUCCAGACACUCAGAGAGUAGGGUUGUAUCUGGGGGCCCUGCCUACCACACCCUACCCCACCCCUCCUCCCACGGGGCCCCUCACACCUCCCCCAUAUGGGGACCCCUAGAGCCCCCCAGCACCCCCAAACCCUGGAGCCUCAGCUGCCUCCGCCCCGCGCCCCCACUCAAGCCCUCGGCAGCACUCUGCUAUAAAGAGGUAUGGUCCUGGGCCUUUGGUCUAAGAGGGAAUAGGUUCCAAGCAGUAAUAGCCAGCACAGUUUCCAGAGAUGAUUUUCCACUAGGGUUCCUAAGAGAGCCUCUCUCUUCCUCUCUUUUCCCCCUCCUCUCUCUAGGAUCUGAGUAAAAGUCCUAAGAGUAUGAAGAAGCUGCUGCCUAAGCGUAAGCCUGAGAGGAAACCUUCAGAAGAGGACUUUGCUACCAGGAAGAGUACUGCAGCUCUGGAGGAGGAUGCCCAGAUCCUGAAGGUGAUCGAGGCCUACUGCACCAGCGCCAAAACACGACAGACACUCAACUCAAGUAAGACUACACCGCAAACACACAACCUGUCAGAGCCUCAGGACUUCAACCAAUACCAGCUAGUCUUUGGUGUCAUUUGACUUCUCCUCCGAAGCCUGUCUUUCAUUUCUGUACUAACAUGAACCAUGUCCAGAUUAGUUAUAAGACUUCACUGGUUCUGGAUAAAUGCUCUUUAGAGUAUAGCUCUUUAGAUGUUCUAUUCACUGUGACAGUGGCUAGUCUAAUGCUAUUCAUAGUUCAGUGUUUCUCCUCUCUCUUUAACUGUGUUCUCUCCUGUUUCUUUUCUUUGCAUUCUGUUAUUCUCUGUUACUCCUCCUAUUGGUUUGUCUAUUUUGUUUCCUCUAUAUUCCCCCCCUUUUUUUAAACAAAUAUAAUCAUCCAUAACCCCACACAUCCCAUUCCUCCUCGUUUUAAAUACACCUGUAUAUUAUUUAUCCUAUUAUUAUGGAUCCCUCUCUCCACAAACCUCCUAAACCAUUAUUUAUAAUUCCUCCCCACAUCGCUUUAUUAUGGUUUGAUCCACUCCCCCCUCCUCGUUCCAUAUGGUUUGAUCCAUACCCCCCUCCUCGUUCUGUAUGAUUUGAUCCACUCCCCCUUCCUCGUGCCGUAUGGUUUGAUCCACACCCCCCUCCUCGUUCCGUAUGGUUUGAUACACUCCCCCUUCCUCGUUCCGUAUGGUUUGAUCCACACCCCCCUCCUCGUUCCGUAUGGUUUGAUCCACUCCCCCUUUCUCGUUCCGUAUGGUUUGAUCCACUCCCCCUUCCUCGUUCCGUAUGAUUUGUCCCGUCCCUCAGCGUGGCAGGGUACUGAUUUGAUGCAUAACCACGUGCUGGCCGAGCCAGUUGACCGAUCCAGUGUGGACGCUAUUGGUUGCCGUAGCAGCCUGUCCAGAGGGACCGAGCCCUGGUCUGACCUAUCAGAGGACUCGGAUUAUGACAGUAUUUGGACCGCCAGUAGUUGCAGGACCGCCUCCGUUUCUCGUAAGAGCUACUGUCGCUCCUCCCAUAUAUCCCACUCCCUGCACUCCUUUUUAAUAUUUUUCUUUAUUUAGAAAGACAAAUAUGAGUUUCUUUCCUCAUAGUUUGUUUUGGAAUCUCAUUCUAACUGCUGCCUUGGCCACGUUCAGUAAGCAAACAUUGUAGAACGUUGCAGAUAGAAAUGCCAUGAAUAGAACUGACGUGAUUCCUUAUUCUACAUGCCCGAGAGCUAUGUUUGUUCAAUAUAAUACAUUUCUAUCUGAACGUUGGCCAACGUUGUGUCCUGCUGAAUGCUACCCUGGUUUUCCUUCAGCCACCUUUUGUAGCGUCUCUCCCCCUCCCUUAGUCAUGGUUAGUUGUGUAUGGUUUACAGUAGCUCUGUCUGCUGUUUCUGUGAAAUGUCUGUCAUGCAAACCUCUCAGAAACUGAAUAUAGGAGGAACCUAACAUGAACUCUCUGCCCCGUCUACAAACACACACACACACACACACACACACACACACACACACACACCCUUCUCCCCUCAAAAGACCUCGGUGGACAAAGGGAAUAACUGCUCCACAGCUCCCUUCUGUCCUCCUCUGUUCUCAACUACUAACAUCUUCAAAGGACCUGGUGUCACGUUACAAUCAUUAAAAUGAUGAGUUAAUAUGCUGCUGUCAUGGCUUAGAUCUCCCUUGGAGAACAGAGAUAUUGAAUCUCAAUGGGAUCUCCUGAAUGAAUAAAGGAUAAAUGGUAGAUGAGAGGGAGACUUGAUUUGCCAGAUCAAGUUCUCCUCCUCUAUCACACCUGUCCUGAUCCUUCCACAGGCCCCCUGCCACAGGCCCCCUGCCACAGGCCCCUUCCUCAGGCCCCUUUCACAGCCCCCUCAUCUGAAUCUGGUUUGGGCUGUGUCCUAAUACUCUAAAAUGGCCUCCUUUCCUUGUCUUCUUUCCUUCAUUGCCGCUGAUAAAUGAAAGGGCUACUAUAAAGGACUGUCAUCAGGGAGGACAGGACACAAGGAGAGGAGGCUAGUUUGAACUAUUGAGCUACAGCCUUAGUGUGUCAAACCUCUACUGAAAGGUCAUCCACACUCAGUCAGCCAAUCAGUCAAUGGGUCAUCCCGUCCAUCGACCAAUGUGCUCAGCUGACUGUCUUGUUCUACCAAUCAGGAUCCAGGGAGAAGUCAGGUCUGCACAUGCUCUUCCCUGAGGAGGAGAAGAUCAUCGUGGAGGAGACCAAGAGCAACGGACAGACUGUCAUCGAAGAGAAGUAAGAACUACAUUCCUCCCAAUGCAUUAGAUUGGGAGAAUAUGCUUACAGCUUCAAGUCUUCACUUCACACGUUCAGAAGUUUAUAUGUUCCUUAAUGGGGUUUAUUGAUAAUGGUGUGCUGUGGUUGGGUUGGCUAACUAACAUGUCUGUCUUAGGACUCUAGUAGACGCAGUGUAUGGGCUGAAGGAUGAAGUACAGGAGCUGAAACAGGUGAGCGUUCAGGAGCGUUAGCACGGUUAGCAUUCACUAAACCGUCACAUCAAAUAGCAUGUCACAGUACAGUCAUACAGCACCAGAAUCAUAAUUAAUCAAUUAGAGGAUCUCUAUGACAAGAAUUCUCUUAAGCAUAUACAGUGGGGAAAAAAAGUAUUUAGUCAGCCACCAAUUGUGCAAGUUCUCCCACUUAAAAAGAUGAGAGAGGCCUGUAAUUUUCAUCAUAGGUACACGUCAACUAUGACAGACAAAUUGAGAUUUUUUUCUCCAGAAAAUCACAUUGUAGGAUUUUUUAUGAAUUUAUUUGCAAAUUAUGGUGGAAAAUAAGUAUUUGGUCACCUACAAACAAGCAAGAUUUCUGGCUCUCACAGACCUGUAACUUCUUCUUUAAGAGGCUCCUCUGUCCUCCACUCGUUACCUGUAUUAAUGGCACCUGUUUGAACUUGUUAUCAGUAUAAAAGACACCUGUCCACAACCUCAAACAGUCACACUCCAAACUCCACUAUGGCCAAGACCAAAGAGCUGUCAAAGGACACCAGAAACAAAAUUGUAGACCUGCACCAGGCUGGGAAGACUGAAUCUGCAAUAGGUAAGCAGCUUGGUUUGAAGAAAUCAACUGUGGGAGCAAUUAUUAGGAAAAUGGAAGACAUACAAGACCACUGAUAAUCUCCCUCGAUCUGGGGCUCCACGCAAGAUUUCACCCCGUGGGGUCAAAACGAUCACAAGAACGGUGAGCAAAAAUCCCAGAACCACACGGGGGGACCUAGUGAAUGACCUGCAGAGAGCUGGGACCAAAGUAACAAAGCCUACCAUCAGUAACACACUACGCCGCCAGGGACUCAAAUCCUGCAGUGCCAGACGUGUCACCCUGCUUAAGCCAGUACAUGUCCAGGCCCGUCUGAAGUUUGCUAGAGUGCAUUUGGAUGAUCCAGAAGAGGAUUGGGAGAAUGUCAUAUGGUCAGAUGAAACCAAAAUAUAACUUUUUGGUAAAAACUCAACUCGUCGUGUUUGGAGGAAUGCUGAGUUGCAUCCAAAGAACACCAUACCUACUGUGAAGCAUGGGGGUGGAAACAUCAUGCUUUGGGGCUGUUUUUCUGCAAAGGGACCAGGACGACUGAUCCGUGUAAAGGAAAUAAUGAAUGGGGCCAUGUAUCGUGAGAUUUGGAGUGAAAACCUCCUUCCAUCAGCAAGGGCAUUGAAGAUGAAACAUGGCUGGGUCUUUCAGCAUGACAAUGAUCCCAAACACACCGCCCGGGCAACGAAGGAGUGGCUUCGUAAGAAGCAUUUCAAGGUCCUGGAGUAGCCUAGCCAGUCUCCAGAUCUCAACCCCAUAGAAAAUCUUUGGAGGGAGUUGAAAGUCCGUGUUGCCCAGCGACAGCCCCAAAACAUCACUGCUCUAGAGGAGAUCUGCAUGGAGGAAUGGGCCAAAAUACCAGCAACAGUGUGUGAAAACCUUGUGAAGACUUACAGAAAACGUUUGACCUGUGUCAUUGCCAACAAAGGGUAUAUAACAAAGUAUUGAGAAACUUUUGUUAUUGACCAAAUACAUAUUUUCCACCAUAAUUUGCAAAUAAAUUCAUAAAAAAUCCUACAAUGUGAUUUUCUUGAUUUUUUUUCCUCAAUAUGUCUGUCAUAGUUGACGUGUACCUAUGAUGAAAAUUACAGGCCUCUCUCAUCUUUUUAAGUGGGAGAACUUGCACAAUUGGUGGCUGACUAAAUACUUUUUUUCCCCACUGUACAUUCCAGAGCGAUUUCUGCUCAUUCCAGUCAUGUGCGAUUAGAGCCUUUUCUAAGAUCCAGCGGCCAUCUUUGUUCCCCCCCAACAGGACAACAAGAAGAUGAGGAGGACCCUGGAGGAAGAGCAGAAAGCCAGGAAGGAGCUGGAGAAGAUCCUGAGGAGAGUCCUGAAGAACAUGAACGACCCCACCUGGGACGAGACCAACCUGUGAGUGCUCAGGUGACAUCACAUCAACAUGGUUGGGUUUGGGUUCCACCGUGACUGGACCAAAAUUGUUAACCACAAAGCCAUCUGACGUAACGCUGUGAACUGACACACUGUGGAACACUGAUCUGUCACUGUUGUAAGAAUACUGGGUGUGGUCCAAAGUCAAAACAGCCAAUGAAAAUGAAACAUAGCAUCCCUAAAUAACUCUGGAAGACCAUUGGCUGCAGCAUGGACCUCAAACCUCUUCUCUGUGUUGAUCUGGGAUUGGAAAAAGGCUGGAACAAUCACAGUAGUGAAGAUACGACUGACGUCACUGAUUCUCUGCCUCCUUCUGGGUGAUUCUCAAAGAGGGAUUCCUCUCUACCUCUCCCCUUCUGCAUUGAUCUGAAAGCAGGGGAAAACAACAUGGGAAUUUUCUGUCACUUGUGUAGUACUUUAACAUCCGUGAUGAGGAAAGGAAGUAAGUUCAGACUAUUGAGAUCCAUCCUCUGCAUGUAGAGCAGUAGUCUCAGGGAAUAAAUACUAGACAGUGGCUGCGUCUCAAUAGUGGUUUGCUCUUCUCAUCUUUGCUGAUCUGCAAUGAUAGAUGCAGUAGGUCCCUAGUGCCUACAAGGGGAUUUCCUUUCACCUGUCCAGUUUUAUGCAGAUGAGAGAUGAGGAACGGUAGCCACUGUAGACUAUUGAGAUGCAACCCAGACGAUUUUGACAGAUUAUGAUUUUGUCACUGCCUGCAUACCCUGCUGCCAAGCUCCUCUCAACACCCCCACCCUCCUCUUACCCCCCUCUGGAGCAUCUACCCACACAUUCCUCUGAGCCUUGUAGGAACCUAUGGCCAACACACAGAACAGGAUAACCUCUAGCUCAUUCCGGAUGUUUCCAUGGAAACCUCAGCAAUACAAUACUGGAAUGUUUUCAGGUGAUAAAAAAAAAAAAACUUUUGAUUAUGAUUCUUUGAAGUAUUCUUU